CGCAAACAAAUCGUACGCGUUAUCAGCAGCUUCUAGAGAGACGCUUCGACGACACCUAACAUCUGGAUCAGUGUAUUUGCCGACAGAGGAAGGGAUGCGGCUACAUUCAGGAAGGAUACGAACAGCAAUGAACAGGAUUCCUGCAGUGACGCUCCUGGUCGUGACCCUCGUCUCGAUAGCGUCAUCUCACGUAGUCAACACCACUUGCGGUUUGGUGCGCGGCGUUCCAAUUUCCGUGAGAGACAAAACGGUGUUCGGUUUUCUCGGCAUCCCGUACGCAAAGCCACCGAUUGACGAACUCCGAUUUCGAAAGCCCCUGCCCGCUUUGCCAUGGGACGAUGUGUUGGACGCGACGACGAUGCCUUACUCCUGCAUGCAACCUGAGAACGUCUUUCUCAGCGCCGGCUUCGAAGACGAGAGCCGGCACAGCGAAGACUGCCUCUAUCUCAACGUGUGGACUCCAAGAACCGACUCCCCUAGCAGGCCCGUCAUGGUGUGGCUGCACGGCGGUGCAUUCAUCAUGGGAUCGGCCAGCCACAGUUACAACAACGGCUCCGUGAUCGCCGCCCUCGGCGACGUGGUAGUGGUCGCGAUGAACUACCGGCUCGGCGCGUUCGGUUUCCUCACCGCGGACACGGAGGAUGCCCCUGGAAACAUGGCGCUUCACGACCAGCUGCUCGCGUUAAGAUGGGUGCGCCACAACAUCCGAAAUUUCGGCGGCGAUCCUGACCAAGUGACCCUAUUCGGUGUCAGCGCCGGAGCCAUCUCGGCCAACAUGCACCUCCUGUCACCUCUAAGCCGCGGUCUGUUCAAGCGUGCCAUCCUGCAGAGCGGGAGCCUCUACUCUGCCACCUUCAUGAGCACCAUGGAAGAAGCCAUCAGGGUAUCGAACGACUUUGCAAGCACCCUCGGAUGCGCGAGUAGCAUCGACGAAGACAUGCUGUCUCACCCGGCCAUAGUCGUGAACUGCCUGCGUUCCAAGAGCGCCGACGAGAUCCUGCGCGCGCACAUAGCCUUCUCGCGGGGCAAGAUCAUCAGCAUGAGGCCCGUUCACGGGGACGAGUUCAUGCCGAAAUCUCACCUGCUGCAGAUCGAACGGGGUCAAAUCCAGGGAGGCGAAGUGCUGAUCGGAACCAACGCGGACGAAGGCUCGCUCUUCCUCUUCCUCGGCUUCCCGCACCUCUACCCUCUCAAGACGACGCAAAGCGUGUCGCGCGAAGACACGGAGAAAGUGGCGCGCAUCUUGCUGCACGCUCUGCACUCGCCCGUGCCGGACGAUGUGUUCGAUGUGUACUUAGACGCCCAAGAGAAGGCGGCCGCACUUAGCGAGGACGAUCUCCUGCGUCGGCGGCUAAUUGACAUCGUGGGUGACCUGUUCUUCGUCUGUCCCUCGGUGCACUUUGCGCACACGUACACGAGGCACGGCAACCGCGUGUUCUACUACUCCUUCGAGCACCGCACCAAGUCCAGCAUCUGGGGCCACUGGAUGGGCGUUCCGCACAGCGAUGAAGUGCAGUACGUCUUCGGCAUGCCCGUCAGGCUUCCCGAGCACUACACGGACCAGGAGGCGCGAUUUGCGGAGCGCAUAGUGGACAUGUGGGUCAGCUUCGCCAAGACGGGAAACCCAAGCACUCAAGACGUUCGCUGGGACGAGUUUCAAAAGAACAACGGCACCUAUCUGUCGCUGCGGCCUCAGCGAUACACGACGGGCUCCCAGCUCCGUCGAGACCGGUGCCAGUACUGGAAACGGCACUUGAAGUACCCGCCGCUCGACUCCGCCGGUGCGCGAGCUCUCGAGAACUAUCCAGGUAAAGUGAUGUGGCUCGUCGACAACGUCGUGUCGACAAUCAGCAAGUUCUGGACGAGGGUGAAGUCGUACAGCAAGAAGUUCCUAUGACG